UGGGGCUGCGGGGCCAGCGGGGAUCGGGCCAUGGAGGCGGCGGGGGCGCUGGCGGCGGGCGCGGCGCUGCUGCUGGGGCUCUACGGGCUCCUCUACUACUACUUGGUGGCGGCCACCUGGUGCCGCAACGCGGUCAGCCUGCGGGGCAAGACGGUGCUCAUCACAGGUGGAAAUGCAGGGAUCGGGAAGGCCACAGCGGUGGAUCUGGCCCGGAGAGGCGCCCGUGUCAUUCUGGCAUGCCGCAACAAAGCGAGAGGAGAAUCGGCCGUGUACGACAUUAGACGGGAAAGUGGGAACUCGGAGGUGAUCCUGAUGAUCCUGGAUCUGGGCAACCUGAACUCCGUGCGAGCUUUUGCGCAGACCUUCUUAGAAUCGGAGCCCCGUCUGGACAUCCUCAUCAACAAUGCAGGGGUCGUUAAAGGUGGCCAAACCAUUGAUGACUUUAAUCAGAGUUUCCAGGUUAACCACUUGGCCCAUUUCCUCCUGACCCACCUCCUUCUGGAACGGCUGAAGGGCUGCACCCCGAGCCGGGUCAUAUUUGUAGCCUCGAAUAUGCAUUUCUUUGGGAAGAUAGACUUUCGGACCAUCUACAAGCCGGCGGAAGGGAUGUGGCAGGCCCUGAGAUCGUACUCCAACAGCCAACUAGCCAACAUUGUCCAUGUGCGAGAGUUGGCCAAACGGCUGGAAGGGACCAAUGUCACCUGCUACGCUGUUCAUCCAGGAUUUGUUCAAGCCGAAAUUGCUCACGCCUAUCCCCGUUGGGUAGCUUGGCUGCUUCGGACCAUCAAACCCUUCCUCCGAGAUGGGAAAACUGGUGCCCAGACCAUCAUCUACUGCGCCACCCAGGAGGGAAUCGAGAGGCUGAGCGGGCAAUAUUUCGUGGACUGCCAACCGAAGGUGCCCUGGCCACGAGCCCGUGAUGACCUGAUGGCCGAGAAGCUCUGGGAAUUCAAUGAGAUGCUGCUGGGACUGACCGCUUUGGACAGGAAAGGACAGAAACGGUGUUCGGGGUAACCGAAAGUGAUAAUCUCCGAUUUAUAACCAUCCACCUCGUGACCGUUCAAAGCUAUAACACCACUGGGGAAAAAAGUGAGUUUUUGCACUUACGACGGUCACACGAUCAAAAUUCGGGCACUUGUCAACCCGCAUCUAUUUGUGACGGUUGCAGCACUCCUGGGGUCACGUGAGCGGCGUAUCUGUGACCUUCCCAGCAGCCUUCCUACAAUGGGGGAAGCUAGAUUCACUUAACGACUGAAUGAUUCGCUUAAUAACCAAAUUGGUUCGCUUAACAACCAUGGCAAAAAGGUUGCAAAAUUGGGCACUUAACAACCGUCCUGCGCCUUUUUUUUUCUUCCCCUUCUGUGUUCUAUGGUUUACCUCCGGAUGUCCCUGCUGUGCUGAAGUUUACCUGACUAUGCUCUUGUUUGCUUUACUGUAAAUAUAUUUAUUGAUAUAAAACCAUUAUGUGUCAGUCUUCCUUUGGAAACCAGUUGUGCAAUUGCUUGACAUGUUAUGGGACCAGAAACGCCCUGAAAUGCCAGUUGUAUUUUUCUGAGGUAAAAGUUUCUUCGCGAACCUGUGGGAGCUUGAGGACUACUGGCCUGUGAAGACAACAGGAUGUUCUCUCUGUCUGGAGGAGGAUUUCCUGUGGCUCCUCUUAGUGCAACGAAUGAUCUCUCAUGGAGGCUAAAGAUGGAGAUAUUUCUGCAGAAUAAUAAUAAUAAUAAUAAUAAUAAUAAUAAUAAUAAUAAUAAUAAUAAUAAUAAUAAUAAUAAUAAUAAUAAUAAUAAUAAUUUAAUUUUUAUACCACACUUCUCCCACAGGACUCAGGACGGUUCACAGCCAAGUAAAAACCAACAUAAAUAAAUACGAUACAGAUAAAACCAAUGAUUAAAAAACUUAUUCAAUUUGGCCCUAGUUAAAAAUGCGUAAAACCAUAAAACCCCAUUAAAAUUUAAAAAAUCAAU